UGGGAAGCUCGCAGUUCGGGCUCCUCAUCGGUGCUAUUUUUGAUUGCCUAUCUCAAGUUUGAACCCUAGUGAUUUUAUCCACACCACCAGUGCCUAUCAUGGGCCGAUCGUCACUCCUCAGUCCGGAUGGCCAGUUUCCCAUCGUCCUGAUUCCGGAUAAUGAAGGGACCGAGGACGCAGGGACAGCCACCAACUCGGACGCAGAACCAACCGAGUCGUACAGGCACAGAAAAAGGUUAAACUACGGGAACGAACGACAGCAGCGCCAGCAGCCGCAGCCACAAGCGCAACCGCGACCACCACCAGCGCCCCGUCAUCCCAUUCCGUUCAUGCAAGAAGCCUUUGCAGAAUCCCUAUUCGAAGCCACCCAGGGCGGUGCGACCCCAAAACCCAAACUGCGUACCGGCGACGCCAAAACCCGUCGGGAGCAGUUGUUGGAGCAAGACAAGUCGGCCGAGCCCCCAGCGGCCCAAUGGCGCUAUCGUCCGGGGCAACAAACGCAUGAGCUGCGUCGACUAAUGUCACAAAUCUCCUUCGGCGUUUAUCUUUUGCUCAACGGGAUGGCAAACAGUCAGAUGUCGGUCGUGACAAUUCUCCAAGGGCAUAUUGACGAGGUGGAUGAGUUUCUGGAGACGGUCCUAGAGGAUAUUGGCCUGGCAACCAAAGAUUUGAACGAGCGUAUCAUUCAUCUAAGGUUGCCGAUGGAUAACAUGGAGUUUUUCGAACGGAUGCUGGAGGAUCGCAACUUUCGGCUUAGAAUUAUCGAAGGAAACGAGAAAAUCGAGCAUAUCGUGGCCCGGACACAGGUCGCCCUUCAGCAAAUCAUGAAUGAUAUUACCGAAGGACUGGAGUCUACGCGGGAUUUUACUAUGUAUCUGGCGGAACAGCAGCACGGUCGCUGGCGGAAAGAGCGCCCAGACGUAAUCGACAUAUUUGAUGCAAUGAAGGGAAAUACCGAUGGGUGGUUUCAAGCGUUUAUGGACUUGGAAGAGAAGGGCAAUGCUCUAAAUAGAGUAAUUGUCCAGUUGAUUGGCAUCAUUUCCGAGAUGGAGCGGAGGGCGGGUGAAGUGAGCCGAAAGACACGAUUUACCAUCGAGCCUUUCACAUCACCGCGUCAUAGCCCCCAUGCAUCCGACGCAUCCUCGGUUACAACACCCCCGACGUCUCCCAUCGCCAAAACUCCGAAUACACCCCCUCGCUUAUCGUUGCGGCUCAGUUCGAUCGUGGAGGGCAAGCAGUCGUCGCCAACCUCAUACUUCGACCUAAAAAUUACUCGUACAUCUACGCAUUCAACGUCAAUGGGUAUCCCACCGACAGUCCAAUCGAAGGAGAUCACAGAAGAGGAAGGCACAGUGGCGAAUAGUGCAAAUAGGUCUUCAACAGAAUUGGAACUUCCAAUACAGUCUCCGCCCCCGCCAGCCCGAAAUCCUCACCGGCUCUCUAAGCCCGCUCCUUCUCAAUCUGCGCUACAUCAGCUUGAGACAGCUGAGAACAGGGAAGAAAUCAACGAGGAGGAGGAGGAGGAGGAGGAAGAAGGAGAAGGAGAAGAAGAAAAGGAUGAAGAAGAAGAUGAUGACAAUGAAGAAGAAGAAGAAGAAGAAGAGCCGGUCUACCUCCUUCAACCCAAAACGUAUACACCACAAACAUCACCUCUUCCCUCUCCUCGCGUGUUCGACCGCCCGAAGCCGAAGGAUGAACCGGUCAGCUGCAAGCCGGAAUUACCGGUGCCCAUUAUUGGAAAGCCGAAGGAACAGACAUUGGAGGCGAAGGCGUAUAGUCAGGAACCGACAUUGGAGGCAAAGGUCUAUACUCAGAAACCGACAUUGGAGGCAAAGGUGUAUAGUCGGGAACUGACAUUGGAGGCAAAAGUGUAUACUCAGAAACCGACAUUGGAGGCAAAGGUCUAUACUCAGAAACCGACAUUGGAGGCAAAGGUGUAUAGUCGGGAACCGACAUUGGAGGCAAAAGUGUAUAGUCGGGAACCGACAUUGGAUGCAAAGGUGUAUACUCAGGAACCGACAUUGGAGGCAAAGGUGUAUAAUCCACGUGCAGCACAACCCCAGCCUAGGCCACAACCUUCGAAGCCAACGUUAGCUCCGGCUGAUACGAGAGAUUCAAGACCAACUUCAAAGCAAAGCCACAGGACGAUACCAGAGUCACCCCAGUUGAGACCGCAACCUUCGAGGCCCAAAUUGGCUCCAGUCGAGACAAGAGACUCCAGACCAACAUCAAAGCAAAGCCACAGAAUUUCGCCGGAAUCAUUGCCAGAGGUUGUAGUCCAUCCUGGGCAAGAAUCCUCAUUCAGACGACGAGUUUCACAGAAGACGACACCGCCGGACUCAAUACAUAUACCUCGACCCGACUCACCAGAAUAUCGAGACUCGUUAUUCCCAACGUCCAGAACGUACCAUACAUCAGAUUCUGCUUAUGGAUCGGACAUGGAGCGACCACAUGUCAACUCAAUUGCAUCAUUCGAUACAGUUGCCGACUUUCCGCCGCCACCAGCACUCAUGCACCCCGGAUUUGUCUCAUCACCUCACUCAGAGAGCGGAAUGCAGUUUUGGCGCCCUGUUCAGGCGAGCCCGCACUCUCCUUUGCAACAAAGACCGCACACUUCAGGAACCCAGUAUAGCGCGCAGGGGCAACAAUCGGCCUCAUAUCAGUCGCCGUACCAGUCCCCACAACAACCACUCGGUCACCUUCACCAGGUGCCGCCACGGAACCUCCCUUCUGCUAUGGGCAUGAGCGUGAGGAGCAACAUGACGACAGGAACGACAGCGAGCCAGGAGACCAACAGUGGAAAAUCACUGAAGAAAAAGCGAAGCGCGUUUGGGUGGCUGAAGAAGGCGUUCGCGCUGGACGAAGAGGAGCGUGCCGCUUUUGAGGCGAGAAGACAGAUGGAGACGAGGAAUCUCUACUAUGAUGGUAGAAGUGCCCAGUUCUUGGACGGGAAACGGAUACAGGCUCCACUGCCUCGCCACCCUGGACCAUACCAGCAUGGGCCGUAUCAGUCUCAACAGUUUCAGCAGUCUGGGCAGUUUCCUCCCGGACAGUUCUGAGAUCUUGAGGGAAAAACGAAGGAAAGAAAGGAAAAGACGGAAAGUGGCAGGCAUGAGGCUGGCCAUC